GCGGAGGAAUCCCGGGCUGUGAGGCGGCCGGCUCGUGGUCCCAUGUGCUUCUUUGUUUACUAAGAGCGGAAGCAGUGGCGGGCAGAGGGGCCUAGGAGCGAGAUGGAUGAGCUGGAGAGAAGAGGAGAGGAAAAAGUACAUGGGUGGAAGACUAAUCGGGAGCCCACGGGCCCGUGUUGCUGUGUGGGAGACCACUGGAGACAGAAAAGGCCAAGAAGUUCCUCCAAGAGUUCUACCAGGAUGAUGAAUCUGGGAAGAAGCAGUUUAAGUAUGGGAACCAGUUGGUUCGCAUGGCUCAUCGUGAACAAGUGGCGCUGUAUGUGGACCUGGAUGACGUAGCGGAGGAAGACCCUGAGUUGGUGGACUCCAUUUGUGAGAACGCCAAGCGCUAUACAAGGCUUUUUGCUGACGCUGUACAAGAACUCUUGCCUCAGUACAAGGAGAGGGAGGUGGUCAAUAAAGAUGUCCUCGAUGUGUACAUUGAGCACCGGCUCAUGAUGGAGCAGCGGACGCGGGACCCUGGAGCUGCCCGCAGCCCCCAGAACCAGUACCCCCCUGAGCUCAUGCGUAGAUUUGAGUUGUACUUUCAGGGCCCCAGCAGCAACAAGCCUCGUGUGAUCCGAGAAGUGCGGGCAGACUGCGUGGGGAAGUUGGUAACUGUGCGAGGCAUCGUCACUCGCGUCUCUGAGGUCAAGCCCAGGAUGGUGGUGGCCACCUACACGUGCGAUCAGUGUGGGGCAGAGACCUACCAGCCGAUCCAAUCUCCAACCUUCAUGCCUCUGAUCAUGUGCCCGAGUCAGGAGUGCCAAACCAACCGCUCUGGAGGGCGGCUAUACCUGCAGACCCGGGGCUCCAAAUUCAUCAGGUUCCAGGAAAUGAAGCUGCAGGAACAUAGCGACCAAGUGCCUGUAGGGAAUAUCCCUCGGAGCAUCACAGUGAUGAUAGAAGGAGAAAACACGAGGAUUGCUCAGCCUGGAGACCACGUCAGUGUCACUGGUAUAUUCUUGCCACUUCUGCGAACUGGGUUCCGACAGGUGGUACAGGGUUUGCUCUCAGAGACCUACCUGGAAGCCCAUCGUCUUGUGAAGAUGAAUAAGAGUGAGGAUGACGAGGCGGGGGCUGGGGAACUGAGCCGGGAGGAGCUGAGGCAGAUUGCAGAGGAGGAUUUCUAUGAGAAGUUGGCUGCCUCCAUUGCUCCUGAGAUUUAUGGGCAUGAGGACGUGAAGAAGGCACUCUUGCUCCUGCUAGUGGGCGGUGUGGACCAGUCCCCUCGAGGCAUGAAGAUCAGAGGCAACAUCAACAUCUGCCUGAUGGGGGAUCCCGGUGUGGCCAAGUCUCAGCUCCUGUCUUACAUUGAUCGUCUGGCGCCUCGCAGCCAGUACACAACCGGCCGCGGCUCCUCCGGAGUGGGGCUAACCGCAGCCGUGCUGAGAGACUCCGUGACGGGAGAGCUGACCCUGGAGGGUGGGGCCCUCGUGCUGGCGGACCAGGGCGUGUGCUGCAUUGAUGAGUUUGACAAGAUGGCUGAGGCUGACCGCACAGCCAUCCACGAGGUCAUGGAGCAGCAGACAAUUUCCAUCGCCAAGGCGGGCAUUCUCACCACUCUCAACGCCCGCUGCUCCAUCCUGGCCGCGGCCAACCCCGCCUACGGGCGCUAUAACCCUCGCCGCAGCUUGGAGCAGAACAUACAGCUUCCCGCUGCGCUCCUCUCCCGAUUUGACCUCCUCUGGCUGAUCCAGGACCGGCCUGACCGUGACAAUGACCUGCGAUUGGCCCAGCACAUCACCUAUGUGCACCAGCACAGCCGGCAGCCCCCAGCACAGUUUGAACCUUUGGACAUGAAGCUUAUGAGACGUUACAUAGCUAUGUGCCGUGAGAAGCAGCCCACGGUCCCCGAGUCCCUGGCGGACUACCUCACUGCCGCGUACGUAGAGAUGAGGCGAGAGGCCUGGGCUAGUAAGGAUGCCACCUAUACAUCCGCUCGGACACUGCUGGCUAUCCUGCGACUUUCCACUGCUCUGGCCCGGCUGCGGAUGGUGGACACGGUGGAGAAGGAAGAUGUGAACGAAGCCAUAAGGCUGAUGGAGAUGUCCAAGGACUCUCUUCUAGGCGACAAGGGGCAAACAGCGAGAGCUCAGAGACCAGCAGAUGUGAUCUUUGCCACUGUCCGGGAGCUGGUCUCUGGGGCCCAGAGUGUCCGCUUCUCGGAAGCAGAGCAGCGCUGCAUAUCCCGAGGCUUCACACCCGCUCAGUUCCAGGCGGCACUGGAUGAAUAUGAGGAGCUGAACGUCUGGCAGGUCAACACAGCCCGGACAAGGAUCACUUUUGUCUGAUUCCAGCUUCUUCCAGACACUGGAGGGAGGGGGGGGUCCACUCACCUAUGGAGGGUAUGAUGCCCUAGUGGGGUGGAGAAACAGCUCCCCCCCACACACACACACACUGCUGCACUUAACCUUGUUUUACUGCUUUUGCUAUUAAAACUUGUUUACAGAUCACCUUCUAA